AUGUCGACCAAGGCUGAGGCUAGCCGCCCCCGGCCGGCAGACACCAAGAAGGUGCACAUUACCGACACCCAGAUGACUCGCUCCAACUGGUACAAGCAUGUCAACUGGCUCAAUGUUUUCUUCAUUCUCGGAAUCCCCAUGUAUGGCUGUGUUCAGUCCAUUUGGGUGCCCUUGCAACUGAAGACCGCCAUCUGGGCUGUGGUUUACUAUUUCUUCACUGGUCUGGGUAUCACUGCAGGAUAUCACCGUCUCUGGGCUCACUGCUCUUACUCUGCUACUCUUCCCCUCCGUAUCUGGCUUGCUCUGGUUGGCGGAGGUGCCGUUGAGGGCUCCAUUCGCUGGUGGGCUCGUGGCCACCGUGCUCACCACCGUUACACCGAUACCGACAAGGACCCCUACUCCGUUCGCAAGGGUUUCUGGUACUCCCACCUCGGAUGGAUGGUUAUGAAGCAGAACCCCAAGCGUAUCGGCCGUACCGAUAUCACUGAUCUCAAUGAGGAUCCCGUCGUUGUCUGGCAGCACCGUUACUACCUCCACGUCGUCCUCGCCAUGGGUCUCCUUGUUCCCAUGACCGUUGCUGGCCUUGGCUGGGGUGACUGGUUCGGUGGCUUCGUCUACGCUGGUAUUCUGCGUAUCUUCUUCGUCCAGCAGGCCACUUUCUGUGUCAACUCUCUCGCUCACUGGCUCGGUGACCAGCCUUUCGAUGACCGCAACUCACCCCGUGAUCACGUCAUCACCGCUCUCGUUACUCUUGGUGAGGGAUACCACAACUUCCACCACGAGUUCCCCUCCGACUACCGCAACGCUAUCGAGUGGCACCAGUACGACCCCACCAAGUGGACCAUCUGGUCCUGGAAGCAGCUGGGUCUGGCCUACGACCUCAAGCAGUUCCGUGCCAACGAGAUCGAGAAGGGUCGCGUGCAGCAGCUGCAGAAGAAGAUUGAUCAGAAGCGCGCCAAGCUGGACUGGGGUAUUCCCCUCGAGCAGCUUCCCGUCAUGGAGUGGGAUGACUACGUUGAGCAGGCCAAGGGCGGUCGUGGUUUGAUUGCCAUCGCUGGUGUCGUCCACGACGUUACCGACUUCAUCAAGGACCACCCCGGUGGUAAGGCCAUGAUCAACUCCGGUAUCGGCAAGGAUGCCACUGCCAUGUUCAACGGUGGUAUCUACUACCACUCCAACGGUGCCCACAACUUGCUCUCCACUAUGCGUGUCGGUGUGAUCCGUGGUGGCUGUGAGGUGGAGAUCUGGAAGCGCUCACACAAGGAGAACUCUGAGUACGUUCGUGAUGAAUCUGGACAGCGCGUCAUUCGGGCUGGCAUGCAGGUGACUAAGAUCCCUGAGCCAGUUCCCACUGCUGAUGCUGCUUAA